UAGGUGGAGACCUCUACCAAGAGAAUCUUGCUUUUUUUCUAUGGAAACAACUUAUUAAGGAAAACAUGAAAGGAAUUCAGCGAACCUUGCUGUGCCAAGGACCGGUGGAAAUCACGAGCUACAACAAAAGGAAGAAAAGAUAUCUAUCCUUAUUUAAUGAUGUUUUGGUUGUGUCUAGUAACCUGAAAAAGAAAAAGUUUAAGAUAAAAUACAUCUUCCCACUGAACAACCUGUGGGUUGUGAAUGAUGUAGUCCUUUUCAGGAGAAAGGAAAACUGUAGUUCCAGGACCCUUUUCCUCUCAUGUUGCGUUGAAAAUUUUUUUGCCACCUUUCGUUCGAAAGAACAGAAAGAUCAGUGGUACUAUUUUCUGAAAAGGUAUUUUACUUGUGAUUAUACUUUAACUCUGUAA